GUGGGGCCUCGUUGAACAGUGCUGAAGUGUGGAACAGUGCUGCCCCUGGCGGCGAUGAAGGGAAGCUUGUAAGCUCUGCAGCGGUAAGCUUGUUGCACUGCGCUCGAGCUUCUGUGGGCAGUCGCCGACCGCUUGUGCGCGGGGUGGUCGGGGCGCUUCCUAUUCCUUCUAUCUCGGGCCCGGGGGUGACGAUCUUAGAAGAGUGAUCUUCUCGCUCUCUGGAGAUUGUCUCAUCCGCGUGGCAUCAUCAUCUUCCUACGGCCUGAAGCCUACUCCCUUAUCGUCGAAUCACCAGUGACCAGAGGAAUCCAUCUUCUGUCUGUAAGCCUACGUAAAAGUUAGACCUUACAAAAGCAAAACUAAUCGUAGUCAAAUUCUUUCACUCUCCUGUUCCUCCUGGCUCCCUGAAUUGAAUGACAACUCAGCGCAGACGAUUGAAGAGGAGAUUGAAGAAUACCGAAGGCGGUGAGGCGAUUGAAGAAUCUAAUCCUGACUGAAGAAGGCCCUCCGCUUGGAUCGCUUCGAGGAAGUUCACAUAUCUAAAAGGCGAAAACAGAUUUUAACGACCGUCAUAAGUACCUGAAGACUCCGUCACCAUGCUGGACGUCGACGCUACGUUUGUUGAGAUCAACGGCUGGGGCCGGUACCAGAAGCUGAUGUACCUGCUGCUCUGCCUACCGACUAGCAUCGCAGGGGCGGCCGUCAUCAGCCUAUCAUGGACCGGCUUCAACAUGAAGUACAGGUGCUUGGUGCCCGCCUGCGAGAACGCCACUAGCGCCACCUAUGAAGCGUGGUUCCUCAACUUUACCACACCACGAGACGCCGACCCAAGUGACCCGGCUUUUCCUUGGAGCGAGUGUCAAACAUUCCAGCCCAUGGUGCAGGGACAGUGUAACGCUGGAGCUUUUAAUGAGACUGUGACUCAGGAGUGUAGUCAGUGGGUGUACGAUACGUCCAUCAUGGAGUACACCAUCGUGUCAGAGUACCAACUAAGCUGUGGUCGCGCCUGGCUCAUCUCGCUGGCAAACAGUCUCUACAUGGUUGGAAUGUUUGUCGGAUCGCUCGUACUGGGAUACAUCUCAGACAGAUUCGGCAGAAAGGUGGCCAUGCUGCUCUCAUUCUUCACGGUGGGAGUGGUUGGCACCACGAUGGCGUUUGUGCCCAGUUUCGCUCUCUACGCGCCCCUGCGCUUCCUCAUUGGCGUGGGAGGCAUGGGCAUCUUCAUGACCUGCUUCUUGCUGGGUGUCGAGACCGUAUCUAACGACGUGCGCACUCUUUGCGGCAUGAUCAUCCACUUCUUCUUCCCGUUCGGCGAGGCGAUGGUGGCCGUGUUCGCCAUCUUCGUCAAGGACUGGCACAGCCUGCAGCUCAUCAUAUCAGUACCGGCCUUCAUCUUCAUGUCGUAUUACUUCUUUGUUCCCGAGUCGCCUAGGUGGCUUGCAGCGGAGGGAAAAUUUGAGCAGGCGGAGAGAAACCUUCGCACAGCUGCCAGAUUCAACGGAGUCCAGUUUCCAGAUCAUCUUUUGAAGAAGCAGUCGCUGAAAACAUCCGACUCAGAGACGCCUAUUCUGCUGGACGAUCCGCCCCAGAUGUCCGUAUUGGAUCUGUUCAGAACGCCGGCCCUGCGAUGGCGCACACUCAUCAUUCUCUAUCAAUGGUUCGUUACCGCCAUGGUCUACUACGGCUUGGGCAUGAACGCCACCCAGCUGGGUAGCAGCGUCUACGUCAACUUCAUCCUGGUACAGCUGAUCGAGAUCCCAGCGGCCAUCUCCUGUAUAUUCGUACUCGAUCCGUGGGGCCGCAAGCUGAGCCUGGCGCUGUUCUUCGCGCUGAGCGGGAUUGGAAGCAUCGUCAGCGGGGUCUGCUCCAGCGGGAGGUCCGCCGCUAUGGAGACAAUCACAGUCGCAAUGGCCGUGCUCGGCAAAUACGGCUCAUCGGCGACAUUCGCCAUUGUCUUCGUCUACGGUGCCGAGUUGUUCCCUACUGAUCUGAGGAACAGCGGCAUCGGGAUGUCCUCAGCGGCCGGCAGGGUCGGCUCCAUCAUUGCACCCUUCAUCAUUAGCCUGGGAGGCUCAAGCCAGGUGCUCCCGAUGACCAUAUUCGGCGUGCUCUCGCUCAUCGGAGCCUUCAUCACCGUGUUCCUACCGGAGACCUAUGGAGAGAACCUUCCAGACACCAUUGAAGAAACGGAGAGCUUCGGAAAAGACCAGUCACUCUGCUUCAUUCCGUGCCUGAAUCGACGCCGAGCCCGCAAGGUAGAGCCCUCGCCGCGGUCAGCAAGUCUGACAUGAAGAAUCGACUCUCCGCAGUUCACUGUCAGCAGUUGAUGAACCGGUAGUGGCGAUUUGAUUGGUUGGAAGUUUCUCUAAGGAUUGUCAUGGAGACUGAAGGCAUGUCUGUGUGAUUUGUAAAUGUCUGAACGAUACUCUAUUGUGACUUGUAUGGCCUGCACUGCAGACGUGCAUAAUGCAAAUGUCUACUUGCAAUGUAAGGCCACAUAGUGGUCGGUUGCGUCAAGAUGAGGCAUUUUGAGUGCAGGAAUUGAAAGUUGGCGAAACUUUGUAGGCUUUUCUACCACCUAGUGCCUUAUUACACUGGCUUGAGCACUACAAUAGGCGUGGUGUUAUCGUAACGUCUUCUUAUGUAAUUCGCUUUAUCCGUGAUCAAUGCUCGCUCCUACCGACGGCAAGUGCUAACUGAAUGGUGCUGCUCAGUGGGCAUUCGCAUUGUAUUUGGACAAAUGGAAAUUCGGAAAAGGUUUCUUUCGCUGCCCUGUAUGCUAUAAGGGCUUCUUUGUGAACUGACUGAGCCUAACUGAGGCAUGCUGAAUGAUGUCAAUUGGAAACGCGCUGUGAAGUAUUGCCAUCGUGGGGUGGGAUAGGUGUUGCUAAGAAAGUCGUAUAGCCAUCUUAGAUACUGUCUACUCAAACUCUGUUCCCCAUUUUGUCAUGGGGGAUGCCUCGGGCGUAAAUGACCUGGUGGUUGACGCGUCCGCAGCUCUUAGGUGACUAACAUGGGUGAUAGUUGUAGCCUCCCAGCAGGUUGUUAUCUUAUCCAAUUGCUUGAUGGUUUCCUGCACUGUUGAAUGAGCGCUACAAAUUGGGUCUAACACAAGGACCGUGUUCAGCGGUAUAUCCUUUACAUGAUGGAAAUAUGCCUGCAUGAAUGGAUUAUGUAGACUAACCACUUCACGAAGUAAUCAUGACUUUAACAAUGACUUGAAGUGUGAAUCUGAAACCACUUCAACUGACAUAAUCCAUGACUUACAAGUGUGGACUCAAGAGCUCACGUCAAUCGUUCGAUGGUUCAACUAACAAUAAGCUUGUGUAACUGUAGUGUGUAGCAUAGUCAUGUUUAAUCGAACUUAGAAGCUCGUUAUGAAUGGCCCAAACAACAAUUAUCCUGUGCAGCAUAACACUGUUCAUAGACAAAUACCAAACAUAUUCGUAGGCGACAACCAAACACCUUAAUUACUCAGUGCAAAGGCCACUAGAGUCAAUAACAUUUAGCUGCUGGCGCUGCCUGUUACCCACUACCCUAGUCACCUAGCAAAACAAGCUGUUUCAUUGAGCCUCGAGAAACAUCACUUUGGGAGAAUUAAGGGCCUGCUGUUUUGAAAUGAUAGGCCAUUGUCACGCAGCAAUCAUCAGUGCGGCGGUCUUGUUGAAAAGGCACCUUGUUUUCGCUCAGUGAAUCAUUUUUAUCUACAAGUGACUUGAGUGCUGUGGCAUUAAAGGGACCCUCCCACCUUCAAAAAAGUUAAUGAAUUGGCAUGAAAGUGAUGUCCCUUGGUUCAGAAAGAG